AUAACAUUCGAAAAAAAAAACUCAACAAAAAAAAAGUGUGAGGCAGGAAAGUAAAUGGCGUCUCAAGUUGUUUUUUAUUCGAUAUCAAUGUGUUUCUAAUCUCACUGUGUCGUUUAAAAUGUUGUCGUGUCAGUAGUAUCAAUUUGUUAGCUGCAGUUGUUGUUUCAUUGACGAUUCAUGGUGAAAUACCCGACGUUUCACCUUUUACCGUGAAACAAUGGCGUCGAAUGAUUCCAUGGAAUCUCACGUAAAAGUUGGUGAAAAUGGUGAUUUCGUGGAUGAUUGCGGCAAUGCGUGCAGCGAUACGGACGCCGGCGAGAGCACCAAGCGCCGUCGAGUGACACACGAUUAUCGCAAACUUUCGAAACUGGGAUACGAUCCAAGUGUGCCAACUAAUUCGAAACAGGCAUCAUCUGGCGAUUCCAAAGGAAAGAAGCGCAAACGCAGUAGCGAAUCCAAAGAGCUAUGUGUUUGGGGAGAAAACACGCGACCGGCCAAAUACAGCAAGAUAUGGCCGGUGUUUGACUCGGGAGGAUUCGGUGACACCGCAGUCCUAACUAUGCACAUCCUCCACAAAUCACCAGCAAUGAAGAACCCUUUACUCUUCAGACAAGACAAUUUCAACAGCAAUGACCCUUAUAUCGGAGGAUUCGACUGGUUCGGAGGCAUCAACUCCGCGUGGAAGCAAAUUCAACUGUCCAACACGAUACCUCGCGAUGAUCUAACCAAACGAAUUUAUUCAUCAGUAUCCCGACAGUUGAAAAUAAUAAACACGCACUUCCAAAGGUCAAUGUUUCGAUACAAGUACCCUAAAGUAACACGGGCAAAUGUACUUUUACACUCAAAUUCGAGGCGUCUAUCCACACACUUCAGCAUGUCCGUGAAAGCUAUAAAAUUUCAACCGACACCUCGAAGGGAGCUACCGUGUUAUGGGAACUUGGAGUUACCGUUGAAAAUUAAACAGGAGAAUGUCUCGACCCAGUUUUAUCCUGCUAUCCGGAAUCAUAAAAGUGAAAGUGAAAAACAGAGUGAUGUUAAAGUGAAAGUGGAAAGGGAACUGGUGAAGUAUGAGGGUGAAAAGGAGAGGAAUAAGGAUAGAGAAAGGGAGAGGAGCAAAGAUAGAGACAGGGAGAGGAGUAAGGAUAGAGAAAGGGAGAGGGAUAGGUCCUCUCAUUCGUCUCGUCAUUCGUCUUGCCAGCAGUGCAGAAGGAGAGCAAGAGUGAAACGCUGCUCCAUCGGAGUGCAGUGUAGAAGGGAGAAGGAGAAAACUGGCCCCGUGUGGGGCACCGUCGCACACAGCCUGGAUUUUAAAGGAAUGAAGUAUCAUAGGUUGAUGCGUGUGGAGACCCAUCCAAACGGCGGUGCGAGCGUAGUGUACCUUUACCAGCACGACAUUGAUAUGCUGAGUGCCACACAACAGGAGUCACUCGCUAAGGAGUUCCUAAAGCUGGUAUUCUCGGAAGACAGCGAGGGUUGGGCGUACUUUGUCUGCGGAGUGGUCCGAGGCGCUGCGGCCAGGCUACCCUGUCUGCUGCAGUAUCUGGCAGAGCAGCACCCCACCCUGACGGUGAAGGCCGGCGUGUUGGCGCGCGCCUCCGACAUCGAGACCACCACCAUCAGCAAAUAUUACCAACAGGUGCAACAAUCGUACUUGGCUGGUACUUUUCGCUGCGGGCCGCUGCAUCAGAUCUCUCUAGUGGGCACAGUGCACGAGGAGGUCGGUGGUUACUUCCCCGACAUGCUCGACAUGCUGUCGGAAUGCCCCUUCCUUAACCUGACAAUGCCGUGGGGCCCAAUGUCGGCCGUGGAAAUGGAGCCCAAGGAGUCAAACGACGGCCCCAUCCUGUGGAUCAGGCCGGGCGAGCAACUGGUGCCCACUGCUGAACUUGGCAAGAGUCCCAUCAAGAAGAGAAGGACGGGUAUGAACGAGCUACGCAAUCUACAGUACCUACCUCGUUGGAGCGAGGCGCGCGAGUUUCUCUUUGAGGAUAGAACGCGCGCGCACGCGGACCACGUCGGGCAUGGUCUGGACAGAAUCACCACGGCUGCCGUUGGUGUUCUGAAAGCAAUCCACUGUGGGGACGAGUCAGACAGAGGCAGAAUUACUAAAGACGUGGUCGCUUUCCAUGCGGGGGACUUCAGCAAACUCGUGUCACUGUUGCAGCUGGAUCUAUACGAGCCGCCCAUCUCACAGUGCGUCACAUGGUUGGAAGAAGCGAAACUGAACCAACUGCGUCGCGAGGGCGUGCGUUACUCAAGACUACCGCUGUGCUCUGACGAUGUCUACUUCCUACCCAGAAACAUCAUACACCAGUUCCGGACCGUGUCUGCGGUCACCUCCAUAGCGUGGCAUCUUCGUCUGAAGCAGUACUACGCGUCGUCGGAAGCCUCGUCUCCAGCAGAUGAACGUCCUCCGCCCGACCAGCCCAUCAUCAACCAUACCGAAACUAAGAAAUCCACAAAGCACAAGAGCGGCGUCAUAGAAAUGAGAGCUCUAAGCGCUAAGUUCAAAGAGAAAGCAGCGCUCAAAAUAUCCGAAACCAGAAAGAGUCUGGAAGUCAGAGGAGAAACAAAAGAGAAAACUGACGAAAAGAAGGACAGACGAUCAGAAAAACAUGAAAGAACAGAAAAAACUGACAAGGACAAACAUAGACACAGAGAUGACAAACAUAGAACCGACAAAUCCGACAGUCGGACUGAGAAACUUGACAAAUCAACAGAAAAAUUGGACAGAUCAGACAAAUUGGACACCAAAACGUCUGACAAAGAAAAUAAAUCUGACAAAAUUGACAGAACAGAUAAAGAAAAACAAAUUGAUAGUCGGACAGAUAAAUCGGACAUCAAAACUGAUAAAAGUGACCGCUCGGACAAAGAUCGGUCAUUAGAUCCAAAAACUGAUAAAAACGAUAGCCGAGCAGAAAAAUCUGACCACAAAUCCGAUAGCAGAACUGAGAAGGAAAAUAGAACAGUGGAAAGGUCGGAUAAAUCGGAUCGGUCGUCCGACAAAUCGCACGACAGUCACCGACGACAUUCUUCAUCCCGACACAGAUCACACCACAAAUCUGAGAGAUCAAGAGAUCAUAAAGAUUACAAAAAGGAUCACAAAUCUGACGAGAAGAAAUACGAAAGGCACAGAGAAAAAGUGAAAGAAGAAGUGAAAGUGAGGGAGGUGAAAAGUGAAUCCAAAGUGCAAAGUGAAAAGUUACCGCAAUCGGUCCACCGGCCUCCAGAUUAGGUGUGUGUGUGUUUAGACACUUGAUUUGUGCUUAGUGUGCGUUUUUUGAAAAAACAGUUUGCACCUUGUGUCGGUUGGCCAAAAUAAUGUUAUUGUUGUGUUGUGGUAUUAUUAACAUGAAAAUUACAGAAUUUCGGUUUUUUUUUUACAUAAAAAAAGAUUGAAAAACAAAAAGCUAUGCAAAUUGGCACAGUUAGAAAUCUGAGAGUUGAGACUUUCAUCUGAAAUAUGUUUAUUUCAGAAAUUAUUUAUUGUUAGAGCACUUGCCAAAACAUGUAUAUCGAAUUUCUUGUAUAUUAUUUUUUCUUAAUUUUUUUACCAGUGUCUAUUGCCAAAAACUUCAUUGAAAUUUUGAAUUUGAUGUCUAAAAUUGAAAAGUUAUCGAAUAAAAAAAUUUACUAAUCAAAAUGUCCUUCAAAUGUCAAUUUCUUAAAAAAAAUGAAACAAAAAUACCUUAAUUUAGUACUAUAAUAAGUGCUAAACAAAUUUGAUCUCUAUUACAACCGCACAAGGUUCAAAACGCUUCAAAAGACUCGCUAAGUACCUUAUUGGUAGAAUAGGAUAAUGACCCUGUAAAUACUAGGAUUAAGUCUCGUAGAGGCUAAGCAAAGAAUGAUUGAAUGCGCAGUUUUAGAUACUACCCUCGUUUUGCUAAAAAGUGACUAACCACAAAAAAAUUGUUUUUAAGUCAUUGCCAGAAAAAUGUGGGAAUUUUGUAAAACUGAUGUUUCUAAAAAAGUAUUCUAACAUAUGACCCAAGUUUUUUAGUUGGGUUCUACAUCACAAACUUUUUCAGAAAUGUCAGUUUUUCUUAAUUCCCAUGUUAUGUACCUAUAAAUAAAAAACUAGUUUCUGGGAUAGUCUCUUUUUAACAAAAGGAAAGAUUGCUAAUUUUGUUGUACACAGUCUCUAUAUUCUCUCUGCAUCAUAUCAUUUGCUGAGGUCCAUAACCUCUUCCAUUAAACACAUUUUUUUUUUAUAAUAAUGCGGUAUACUCAUCUAUGAGUGCUUAAGCUACCAUACAAAUAGUUGUAUGGCUAUUUCGGAACGUAUUGUCGGAUUCGGAUCGGAUGCAGUGCGUAAUCGGACGAUUAUAUUGACAGAUUACGGAUAGGUUUGAUUUUAGUUAUUUUUAGUCUUCAGAGAAUUGUGUACAACUGAAUAAGCGCUAAUUAUACCUAUUUUAACUUUUUUUUUAUUUUAAACCAGUGAUUUUAUUUUAUCGUUUUAUUUUUCAUACUAACUACAUGCAUGCAUACCAACCCUUGCAGUAUUAAACUGAUUUAUAUACAACUAAUUUUAACCAUUUUAAGGAACUUUUUUAGUUUCAUAAUUUCAUUUAUAUUUCGUGUCUCACGACUGUUUUAGUCAAAUACUCGCCGCGUUUAAGUAAAAUUGGAAGUCAAAUCAGCUACUUUUUAUCAAAUGUCAAAACGCUCGCUUAGUAUGGGAGCUUGUAUGAAAUACACAGAUGUGACGUCAUGCACAUUUGACGUAAUUUGACGAACUUUUUUUUAGUUAAAUCGAUAAUUUAAAAUGGCUAGUAAACUCAAAACUAGCAGUGAUUGUGGGUUUUACGAAUUUUGGAACACCCUCUAUUUAAUAAAUACAAGGAAAUGUUAUUUUUGGCAUAGGCAUCAUCCCCAUUGGAAGUUUUUCACUCAUUUGCAAGCCCUAAGACAAAAUCAUAAUAAAUAAUUCUAGUAUUUGUCCAAUUCAUUUGGACCAGGCAAAGGUCAUAGACCAUACAGCCAUAAUUUUUCUUGUGGUAGUCCAAACUCAAAAAAUAACUCGCAUUUUUUCUACUUUUGGAAAAUUGUCAAGUUUACGUUGGUUUAAUUUUUUUUUAAUUAAACUUUUUUUUUCAUUUUAUUUUUUCUUACCCACAUCUAAAACUGCGUUCUGAAUGUGAUGUAAAAGUUUUAAAGUCGAAGUUUAAUAAUAAUAAUAAAAUUAAUAAAGUAAAAUAAAUUUUAAGAAGAAGAUAAAUUUUAAAUAUCCACACAUAUUUCUAAUGAAUGUGCACUAAAACCGUCUUCAUGUUGUACGAUACGACAUCGACAACGAUCGCCGAUCCGAUAUUUGGACUUUGUCUCUAUAGUACGCUCCACACCUUUUAUAAAAGGAUUUAAAAAAAUUACACGCGUUUUAAAAAGUAUUUUUCGAGUUAUCACCAAAAAAACUUGGAAAAUGUAGAAAGAAUUGAUGCUUUCUAAAAAACUAUGCUAAGGAAGACCAAGGUUUAGCAAGUUAGUUUUUAGGUUGGUCCUGAGUUUUUUGGCGAUAACUUUAAAACUACGUUUCGGGGUUACGCUUUUCAGUAAAAGGAAUAGUAAGGUUGAAAUCUAUAGAGCGCACUUUCACUUUGCUUUACUUGAGUUUCAGUUAAAACGAGACAGAUUGAUGCCAGUGGUAUAAAGCUGUCUCGUUUUAACAGUGUCUUAAGUCUGCCUUAGUUUCUAGUUUGGAUAAAAAAAUAUAGUUUUCUGAAAAAAAUUGGGAAGAGAAAGGUCACAAAUAUCGGAUCCGCACCCGAGAAAUAUAUCGUAUCGUACAAGUGAAAAUACUGUAAGAGUAAAAAGAUAUAUUGAUAGUUUAGUUAAGGUUAGAGUAAAUUUUUUUGUGAUUUUUAAAAAAUAACUAUUAUUAAAUUAUUUAUUACAUCACUGUUGAUGUUACGCGGCUGAGUGACGGAUACCGGAACCUUAAUAGCUCGUUCACACAGGCUGCGUAUGCGUAGACGUAGCGCGUACCAUUGCGUUGUAAUUUAUGGAACUGUAUGAAACAUGGCAUACCGCUUGCGUAAAGCGUGGAUGUAUGCGUAACCCGGUGUGUUAGGGGUUUACGCGCUUCACUACGUACGUGUCACGUGUACGCAAUUAGUGUGAAUCGGCCUUUAAUUACUUCCGAGUUAUUUAUUUUGAGAAUGGAGUAUAUUUUAAACACAAGUACAGUAAUAUCACUUUUACAAGUCGAUUAGGUAUGUAAUUUAAUAACAAAUGAAAAGAAAAUACCUAUUGUAAAAUUACUUUUGAGUAGUAUUUGAAAUUGUGAAUGAUUUGGUCUGACGAAUGAUAUUAUAUCAAUAUAUGUUACGUUCUUAUUAUAAUAUAAUAUAAUAUGGCGUAUGGAAACAGUAUUCGCUGAUGAACAAGAAAGAAGAUACGAAAUGCCCAAGAGCAUAAGAGAUAACGAAUGUUUUACUUAUCCUUUUUUACAUAUUAUUAUGUAUUAUAAUAUCAUUGGAUCUUUCCAAAUCUUGUUUGUUAAAUUCAACCAGAUGGAUAACUAAUAAUUUUGUAAAAAGACAGUUUUUAAAUCUUCAAUAAAUUAUAAACCAAUUUUUAAA